UCACGCCUCGACCUUGCGCAAAGUGAUUCAUCACGACGAAGCAACUUAGUUUCUCUCUACAUUUGCAUGCAUGCUCUUCACAAUCAACGCGGCCACCACUCUCUCCUACGACUCACCGCCCGCGCAGAGAGAAUCAGCGAGUGAACACGUCCUGCCCCAGCGCAGCGCUCCUGAUCAUCAACAUAAUCACUCGCUUGCCUCGCAACGCGGAUAGAGAGGAUCGCUCCUGCAUCCACCUUUGGUAACAGCUUUCCUCAAGAGUAGCGACAUCACUCAAACAUGGCGGCCAAAUCUACGAUCUUUACUCCUCCAGCUACGAAAGCGACGCGGGAGAAGGCCGAAAAGGAAGGUGUCGCUUCCUCCUCAGAGCCAGCUUUGCAGCAUGCCACAAUUACCUCGGCAGUGGCUGCUGAUCCGAAGCUCGCACCCAGGAUAGCAGAGAAGAGAUUGUUUCCGCCGCCGACUGCAGCUCGCAGAGGCUUGCUGAGGUUUAAGAUCAAAGAGCAGCUUGAAGAAGGGAGAAGCAAAGGAUGGAACUGGCACAAGGGAGCCGUGCAUGCGUGCAACGUCGAGCCUGAGGAGGACGAGCUGCAAAAGAUCAGAGACAAGUACGGGUACAAGUCGGAAGCGGAGGGCGGUCCUGGUAGACUGUACUUGAUGGUAAGCAGAAGCAUGCUGGCAGACUGCCUCUUGCCCCUGCCACGUCACCCAAUGUCGGGAGUCGUCUCCCCUCCACUCCUGGCGACGACCGGUAUUGUGCCCUUUAGCAUCUUCAGCACAGGCCCAGACAUCAUUGGACACUACUACGAUUGCAUCGUCGCAGCUCGACGUGAGGUUGUUCUUCUCACCAAUUACUGGCAGGGCGGAAAGAACGUGAAUCGAAUCUCUGAAGCGCUCAUAGAGCUCGACAAGAGACAUGGCGAGAGGCGUGUUCAGGCUGCAAAGGCUGAAGGGAAAGACGCUGAAGCUCUCCCCAAGCCAACGAUUGAAGAGCGGAUCAUCGUAAAGAUCAUGUGGGACAGAGGACCCAGAACGCUUGCAGACUUGUUCCGUCUACGCAAGCCCGUUCCUCCUGGGAUGUGGAAGGAGAACGGUUUGCCAGAGGAAGAUCAAGUCCCUAAUAUCCAUAUCGAAGUACUCAAUUACCAUCGCCCCCUUAUGGGUACAUUCCACGCCAAGCUCCUUCUUGUUGACCGUCUUGUUGCUCUGAUCAAUAGCAACAACAUCCAGGAUCGACCAAACAUUGAAGCCUGCACCAGAUUGGAAGGCGAUGUUGUCAAUUCGGUGUACGAUCACGCUCUGAUUUCUUGGGGCAAUGCUUUGCGUCCGCCUUUGCCUUGUCUCGGCUCGCCUGCGCCGAGGGAACCCAGUCAAAAUGCGUUUGCUGGCGGCAAAUUCUCCAGUUUGCCUGCUAUCAGCACGACACAGUUGAAGGAGAUGGCACAGGCGGCUCGAGCCCGACUCCUCGAGGAGGAUCAAGAGACAGAGGAGGUAUCCAGUCCUACCUUUGGCCCUCCUCGACGUCGAAGCUUCGCCGAAGUCAUCGAUGUCGUGAUGCAGUCCCGCAGGGAGCAGAGUGGACAGGCUGCCACGCCUCAUGCGGGACCGAACAGCGGGGAUGCACACCCUGCAGGAGGUGCCGCUGAGCAGCAUACUUCAGCUCCGAGCGGUGAAGCAAACGUGGAGGACGCUCGGCGUGCUGGGCAGCUCUGGGCGCAAAAAGUCCUAAGGGAGCGCUUUGGACAUUUGAACCUUCCAAACUUUGGGAGCAGCAAUCCCAGCACACCUACUGCCGCGAGUGCACCUGCUUUGCCCUCCAGUCCCGAAAAGGCAGUUCCCACCACUACCGGGCACACGCCGCCCGCAAGCCCAUCUUUCGGACCUCGACGCCACUUUGCAGACGUAGUAGAGGCUUUGAUGAAGAAGGAAGGCAUUAAGCCGAACUUGUGGACAGAAGGCGCUCUUGACGCAUUUGGGCUGGGCCCUAGCUCGAGCAGAAAUGUUGCAGAGGACGCUCGCCGAUCGCGCGCUGCACGUGGAGGAGCCAAAGAUGCUGCAGCUCGCGGCAUCAGCGUACCUAAGGUGGUCGCCGAAGAACCAAGCACCGUCGACGAGCUCAACCUGGACAACACUAGUCAGCCAGCACAUGCGGAUGGUGCUCCAGCCUUCAACACAGAACAGAGCUCUGAGAAAGUCGAAGGCGAAAUUGCCGAUGUUGAUGCUCCAAGCUCCGACUUUGGCUCCAGUGCGACAGCUCAGCGUCUUGCACAGGGCGAUAGCCUUGAACCGAUUUCGCCUCCAGAGGAUGCUCUGUCACCGCAUCAGGCGUCCAGCUCUGGUGGUGACGACGACGAGAGCGCAAAAGUAGCUGGAACAAAUGAUGGCCAUGAAGAAGGUACACCCGGCACGCUUGCGUACCGUCAGAAGCUCAAAAGGACUGCCUCCAUCGCCUCCAGAGUGUCAGCCAAGGAACGACUUGCUGCCAUCACCAAGUCGUUGGAUUUUGCAAAUCUCAGUCAAGUUAAAGGCGAAAUCACUGCCGAGCAGCUCGCUGCCAUGUCUCAGGCGGCGGGUGUGGACCCCUCUAAGAGCGGCCCAGGAAGUGUCUCAGGAUCGGAAGGCGCUGCAGCAAGUGAAGUCAUCGACUUCAACCCUUUUAUCUUCCACAAGCCGCACGCUCCCGUCCCAAUGGCGCUGGUCAAUCGCAGACCACACGGUACGCCUGGACACAACGACAUUCGAAAUGCGCAGGAUGCCGCGUGGUUGGCUGGCUUCAGAUAUGCCAAGCGGCAUGUGUUCAUCCAAUCGCCAACCUUGAAUGCCACACCUAUCAAGCACGCGAUCCUGCACGCAUGCCGCCGAGGAGUUCGAGUGGAGCUUUGGUUAGGGUUGGGCUUCAACGACAAGUCGGAAAGCAUGCCUUUUCAAGGCGGGACAAACGAGCAAGUCGUGACGCGCUUGUAUCGUCAGCUGCGACGUGAAGGCAAGGGCGACGAGGACAAUCUAGAGAUCUAUUGGUAUACAGGCAAAGACAUGACGAGGCCUUUGAAUGCUGUUCGAAAGCAGAGAAAUUGCCACGUCAAGUAUGCACAGUUUGAUGAUCAGGUGGCCAUCAUUGGGAGCGGCAACCAAGAUACCCAAAGCUGGUACCAUUCGCAAGAGAUCAAUGUCAUGCUGGACAGCAAGGAGAUCGUCAAGGAGUGGAACGACGGGCUGCGAAGAAACCAGAGCACUGAACUCUAUGGCCGAGUCGAUACGGACGGGAUCUGGCGCGGCAGACAUGGCAAGGAAACCGUGGACAAGGGCGGGGAUGACUGAUUGCCGUGUAUGCGUCCCUCCAUGCACGCUUUCCACUUGCCGCGCUUUUAGUUGCCAAAUUCUGUGAUUUGCACGCCUGCGUCACAUCUCGCCACCCGCUUUCCCCACCUGCGAAGUCUACAGUACACUUGACCGGCACAUUCACUC